CAGCAGGGGACAAACACACACUCUGACACACACAGAUUUAGAGCAGGCCUGUCAUACUCACCACACUCUCUUCCUGGGAUAUGAACCCUCUCGUUCUCACCUGUCUCCUGUGCUUAGUCUGCAGUGCUUUUGGUACUCAGGGAGCUGAGGCCACCUUCCCCGGCGAACUAGCUGGGGUGACUGGGGGUCCGGCCUCCGGGGAGGGCCUUCUGGCUACCUUGAGCGACGAUGACGAGCUGGAAAUAGACGAGGAGCUUUCAGGAGGAGACAACGAAAACUUCAGCAUUCAUGAGUUACAACCCAGCAGAGAUGAGAGGAAGAAAAAGAGAGGCAAUGGCAAGAAGAGGAACAAGCACAAGGGCAAAAGCACAACUCCUUUCAACCCUGAGCACACGUUCUUCACCAAUGGAUACACGUCGACUCUCAGCACCACAGAGGAUCCCUGCACCUCCACCCACCUCACCUACUGCAUUCAUGGUUACUGCAAGCACAUAGAGGGCCUGCAGGAGCCAGUGUGCAUAUGUAUGAAGGGUUAUGAUGGGGAACGCUGUGGGAUCCAAACUCUGGGUACAGGGAAAACCGAAGAUCAGAGCAGCAAUAUUGAGUUGGUACAGACGGUCUUAGUGAUCAUUGCUGUGGUCCUGUCAGUCAUCAGCUGCACCGCCAUCCUGCUCAUGACCUGUGCUCAUUACAGGUCACAUAAAAACUUUCUGGCAUCGUACCUGGGAACUGGGACGGAGCAGGAGAAGCUACAGAAACACAUCGGUGACGUUGUGGUGUGAGGGUGUCCAUUUACUAUGAGCCAGCUGCACAAGUUAAAGAUGAAGCAGACCGGGGGGAGUACCUGAGAAAGCAGUAGUGUGAAUAGACUGCUUCAUUAGAUGCUGUUUAAAAAAACACUGUAUAGAACUUGUUAGAAUGUAAUUUAUUUAGUGUGAUUAUUUAUUGCUAACGACUGUAUUAGUGUUUGUAUGUCUUUUAUGUUCGGAUGCUGAGCAUUCAGUCCUUUGAUGUUCUGUAGGGUUGGUUUUAUUUAUUGCAUUGCUGUUGUUAUAGGUCAGAGAAACACUCUUCAUCUCACUGUGGAAAAGGGAUGGAAUUUGAUCACCAAUAAAG